AUGUCACAAAAGAGACCUCUCGGCUUCGACACAAUCGAAGAAAACCUUCGAGCAUGGGAACGUGAAAGAGAAAAACGGACUCGCCUAAACUCCUGUAAUGACAUCCAGAGUUCAUCAUCAUCAUCAUCAUCAUCAUCAAUCUCAUCUGGGUCAUUUUCUCGGCCCACUCCCAGGGAAAACAACCUCUUCCACCACCACCAUAGCCAUCAAUACACAGGUCUACAUGGCGAGUCCCGGUGUGGAUGUAAUCAGCUUCUCUCUUCAACCCUCUCAUCAUCACAAUACCUACCUCCAUCUUCUCAAACCGUCCCGAGAAUGUUCCAAGCUCCUCCACAACUUCAAUUGCAACUGCCAUCUCUUUCACAAAACCAGUCAACAUCAUGGACUUCUAAACGUGUUCCCCCAACACCUUUUGCCUCAUGGGAUACAAUAAAUCCGGUAACGUGGGUCCAGCCAAUGACCAUGUCGUCAUUCACAUCUUCAGUACCACUCAAAUCUUGUUUGUCAAGUUCUGGACAAAUCGAUUCACUUAUGGAACAAGCGGUAUCUCCGCGAACUUGUCCUGUGAUACCACUACCAUCGCUUAUUCCAAAAUACACGCAAACAUUUCAAGAAACUCAGAAUCAAAUUUUGCUCCCCCAAGCCAAGCCUCAAGUUUCACCCCAGGUCCACGCAAAACCUCAAAUUCAGCCUCAAUAUCAAUAUCAAUAUCAACCUCAACUUCCAUCUCAACCUCCACCUCCACCUCCACCUCCACCUCCACCUCAACCUCAUUUAAAACCUCAACAAUCCUCACACCAGUCACACACAUCCAAACACCUCCCUGGAAAAAGGUCUGCUAAAACACGAGUCCGCUCAGACCUUGAAACUCUCCCAAACCUCCUUCUCCGAGAACUCAUCUCAUUUGUGGACCCCCGAGAUCUACCGGCCCUUGCAGCCACAUGUACAACCCUCCACUCAGCAAUCGCCACUCGUACACUCCGCCUUACAGCCUUGGACCUCCGUGGCGGCGCAUCCCCUAGAUUCUACACUGCUUGUCGUAGAGAGUAUCUCUCCAGGCGUUCCGUAAGGCUUCUUUGUAAAGACCUCAUGGGACGCAGAAGCGGCCGGCGACGGCGCAACGUGCGUGUAUUACGUGUACGUCCAGGGGCAGACUACGGAGACAAACUAUCCGUUGCUCAAAUUGAUGCAGAUGACCAUGCAGUGAUUGAACUUGCAACCAAGCUGCCUUAUGUUAGGUUUCUUACACUCGAUGCACUGGACCUCACAACAAUACGCUUUGCACAAACUAUGCUAGGGUUGUUGACUAAAGACUCGCGAGUCUCGCUUGAAAAUAUAAGCGCUCCAGCACUCACCAACCUGGCUCCGGAACCCCUGCUGGGGAAAACUCUUGUCAAGGUUUCUCUGCGGUUGGCUGGUCCACACAUGAGAGCUGAGGAUUUGACACACCUUGCUGAGUACAUGAAUGACACUGCUGUUCCCAAGCUCCGAGACUUUGGCGUUAUGUUUGACCGUGCAUUUAUUCUCACAUGUUCUGAGUUUGUCCCAGCAUUUGCCAAACUCGUGGAGAGUGCUGUUUCCAGACGUAAACCACCAUUGGCUUCGCUUCGUGUUUAUGACUUCCCACCCUACCUGGACUUUGUCCCCAUCAUUCAGUUGGUUGAAAAAUACCGUGUACGUGCCCUUACCCUCCACACAGCUGCUCCAGAUGACGAUUCCAGGCUUCUUAGUUCACUUGCUCAGUUAACAACAAUCGAUGCUCUUCGGCUAGUAAUUGGAACUUGCUCCGUUUCCUUUUUGCACUGUCCGGGUCCCCUCUGGGCUUCGCUUUUGCAUUUAUCCAUUGACGGUCCUCCCACAAUGAUGCGCGUCCCCGCUCGACCUUUCCCAAUGCCAUGUUUACACUCGCUUGUGGCACCUGCUGCUACGGCUUACUCCUUACUCCCGCACUCCGUUUCUCCAGUCCUUAAAGAACUCGUUGUACUUAACCCAGCCCCAGGAGACCCCAUGCCCAUGAUGGCCGGCCCGUUGCGUCGUGCAAAACUCAAUCUUGCAUAUUUCCCAAUCCGAAUUCCACACGAGUAUUUGCCUGUAAAGCUCAUGUGCACGCGAUCAAUUCCCAAUAGGUAUAUGACGUCGCUUCCAGACUCGCUGCGCGAGAGUGCCUUGGAAGAUAACGACGACUAUACACUAUUUUUGUCUCAUUUUUAUGAUACCAUGGAUCCGGAUCCACCAGAGAUUUUUUAUUAUUAA